UGUGUCAGGCAUGGAUUUGAUGGUACUCGGUGACACUUGUGGGAUCUGUUAUCACGCUAAUUAUGUUCUGUCGACAUUAAUUUGAUCGGAAAAAAAGCAGCUACCUUGAUAACAGCAUCUUCCGCCGAUUAACUCGAAUAUAAUAAUACAGAUAACAUGGAGGGACCAGAAGUAACAUUCUUAUUUCAAUUUGGUUUGACUCGUGACACUGUUACAGUUAACAGCAGCACGUUAACUCUUAAGGUCCUCAAAGAAUUUGCCUGUGACUUUAUAAAUGCCAAGUGUCCAGAGCACGGUUUAAAUCAUUUGUUCGAACGAUUGCUUUUAUUUAAACAUGAUUAUAAUUCCACUAAUAUUCUACAACUCAUAACUAAUGCAACUGAAGUUGUAGAUGAAACAUUAGUGGAAAUUGUCUUAACUGCACAAGUGCCAAACGAAGAAGUUCCCAUUCGUCCUCAUGCUUUAACAGUUCAUUCAUAUAAAGUUCCAACAUUCUGCGAUUUUUGUGGAGAAAUGUUAUUUGGUCUUGUUCGGCAAGGUUUAAAAUGUGAAGGUACAUAUAUAAUACAAAAUAUAAUGAUUCCAUCGUGUCGGUUAAUUAAAGCGGUAUUGUCUAAUGGACACAAUAAUUUCGAUACAUUUUACUUUUCAGGUUGUGGAAUGAAUUAUCACAAAAGAUGCGUUAUUAAGAUUCCUAAUAAUUGCUCACAUGAUGUCAGUCAGAGAAGGCGUAGUUCAGCAAUGCUGAAUGUACCCAGAUCCCCGAGUCAAGGAUCUACUAGUAGUUUGACCAGCAUUAGCGAUGAUAAUCAUAGUACAAAUAAUACGCCGAAUGUGAGCCAAAAUAAUAGUACUUUGACAAUACCAAGUAUAAUGGCUCCAAAACAGUCCCGCUCUCCUUCGCUAGGCGGAAGACCUGUAUGGGUUGAACGAGAACUUGCAGCACGUAUAAAGAUUCCGCAUACGUUUGUAGUACACACGUAUACUAGACCAACUGUAUGCGGACACUGUAAAAAGUUACUAAGAGGUUUAUUUAAACAAGGCCUACAGUGCAAAGAUUGUCAGUAUAAUGCACACAAGAAGUGUAUUGAAAAAAUACCUAAAGACUGUACAGGAGAAAAUCCACGCGACAAUACAGGUAAUGAAUAUCCAGACAGCGGUGUUGGCAGUGAACCUGAAGGUAAAUGCGAUGGUAGAAACGAAGAAGGUGACGGUGAUAGCGAUGCCGAAUCUCCAUCACCCCCUCAACAUUCCUCAUUCACAAGAGAUGAACCAAAGGCAUCUGAGGAUUAUACUGAUCAAAUUCCAAGCAAUGAUGAUAUUAUUUACGACGAAUUUCAAAAAUCAAGACCAUCGAGUUGCAGUUCCACACCAAGCAAUAAUAUUCCUUUAAUGCGUAUAGUGCAAAGCGUAAAACAUACGAAACGACGUGGUUCGAAAGUGUUAAAGGAGGGUUGGAUGGUACAUUUUACAAAUCGUGAUCCAAUGAGAAAGAAACACUAUUGGCGUCUCGAUACAAAAGCCAUAACGUUGUUUCAAAGUGAAAGUAGUUCCAAGUAUUACAAAGAAAUUCCAUUAGUUGAAAUAUUAUCAAUCGAAACUGCUAAGACAUCCCGUUCGAACACAAUGCAUUGUUUUGAGUUAAAAACUGCCAAUAUUGAUUAUUACGUCGGAGAAGAUACUUCGUAUGGAGAUAAUUGCAGUCAAGUUUCUCCUCCAGAAAGUGGUAUUGGAGCUCAUAUAGCUAGAUCAUGGGAAACUAGUAUUAGACAAGCUCUUAUGCCUGUAACCACUAUAUCAAGCAAUCAGGAACAAUCUACGGAACCAGAGGAAAAUAUUACAGAUAUGUCUCAAUUAUACGAGAUCUUUCCAGAUGAAGUUUUGGGCUCUGGUCAGUUUGGUACUGUGUACGGAGGUGUUCAUCGUAAAAGCGGUCGAGCAGUUGCCAUAAAAGUUAUCGAUAAGUUACGUUUUCCUACGAAGCAAGAAGCACAACUCAAAAAUGAAGUUGCUAUUUUGCAGAAUCUUUCGCAUAGCGGAGUUGUUAAUUUAGAGCGAAUGUUUGAAACUCCCGAACGAAUAUUUGUCGUUAUGGAAAAAUUGAAAGGCGACAUGUUAGAAAUGAUACUGAGCUCGGAACGUGGCCGUCUUAGCGAAAGAGUAACUAAAUUCUUAAUUACGCAAAUAUUGGUAGCGUUGAAACAUUUGCAUAGCAAGAAUAUAGUACAUUGCGACUUAAAGCCAGAAAACGUUUUGCUAAGCAGCGACAGUGAGUUCACACAAGUAAAACUGUGCGAUUUUGGUUUCGCAAGAAUUAUAGGAGAAAAAAGCUUUAGAAGAAGUGUUGUCGGCACUCCAGCAUAUUUAGCACCCGAAGUUUUAAGAAAUAAAGGUUACAAUCGAUCUUUAGAUAUGUGGAGCGUCGGUGUGAUUAUUUACGUGUCUUUAAGCGGUACAUUCCCAUUCAACGAGGAAGAAGACAUUAACGAACAAAUUCAAAAUGCUGCCUUCAUGUAUCCACCUAUUCCUUGGCAAGAGAUAUCUUCCGAUGCAAUUGACUUAAUUAAUAAUUUGUUACAAGUUAAGCAAAGAAAACGUUAUACUGUAGAUAAGAGUUUGCAACAUACGUGGCUUCAAGAUUAUCAAACAUGGUGCGAUUUACAAGAAUUAGAAGCAAAAGUAGGAUAUCGUUAUUUGACUCACGAAAGCGAUGAUGCUCGGUGGCUAGCGUAUAGUAAUCAGCGCACAUGACAGAACUCUCCGCCUAUUUUAAACAUCGAAACAUUGCCAAAUAAUUUGUCGAUACAUAAAGGCUGGGCUCGCAGUGCUCGAGCCACAUUGCGGCGUCUUAUUCGUGCCUGACUUGAACAAGUAUACAAAAGGGAGUACAAUUUUAUCUUUCAUUUCAAAUGUUAGAUUAUCGAUAAUAAUCAACACAUCAUUGGUGAGCGUAUCUUCCAAGAUAUUUUAUAUAGAAAAUAAGAAUCUUACUUAAUUAUAAACAUGUCGAUCAGACUGCAAUAUGUAAGAUAACACACAUUGAGUAAAAAAUUGUAGAAAGAAGCAGCAGCAAUGUUUAUAUAAAAAUGUCAAGAGGAACUUUAAUACCAAACUUGAAUAUGUUUCAAUACUGUGAAAUUUCAUUACAAUUAACAAAUAACAAAAUAUACUUCAGUAUAUGCUACACACAUAAUACAGUAGUAACAUUUACAACAAUUAUUUCUUUUAUUAAGGUAUAAGUAAUUGUUUAAUGCUCUUUUAUUACUUAAAUAUAUUUCUUAACGCAUAAUAACAUUUUAUAAAUAGUAUAUAAGAGCUAAUUUCUUAAUAUAAACGAUACAAAGUAUUUUUCAGCUUGAUAUAGAAUUCAAAUGAUAGCAUGUUUUACAAAUGCACAAAUAUUGCUUAAACUUAGUGGAAGUACGUAAAUCUUUUGGAAUUUCUCUGGAAUUAAUAGUAGGGUUAGAUUAUUAUAGAAGGUACUGGAAGGUACCUUGAAACUCUUAGAUUUUCAUAGAUAAGACUAAUCUAUACAAAGUUGUUUCGCAUAAAAUCAAAGUAACUUUUUCGCAUUUUCUCUAAAAAGUGUCUGAUUUUAGAAUUAAAAGCUUCGAUGUCUAUAAAUCGUGUCUGUUUUCUCAAUAAUAUAAAUUUGCUAGAAGAAUCUAUAAAUAACAAUAAAUUCUGAAUUACUUACACUUGUGUGAUAAAAAAUAUUAAAUAAGAUCAAAGUAUUUAUAAUAUAAAUAAACAGUAGUCUUCUAAUGCUUCCAACUUUAUAUAAUACAAUGAAUUAUGCGAAUAUUCAUCUCUAUGAGAGGAAAAAAAGUUAAUACUUAAAUAAGUGCAUUUCAGAUAAUUGGAAAUUUAUCAUAAAUAUAAUCGCUAUUGUGAUAAAUUGUGUGUUGUAAACUAGUAAGCAAAAAUUGUUGAAUCUCUUCGAUUAUUGCUCGACAAGUUAUUUUAGAUAUAUUGAAUUUUCUAUUUUGUUGUUGACCGACAUUUUUUACGAUAAUUAUUCUAUUAUUUGAAACAAAGAACAUUCCAGAAACGACUUAGAAAAGAUAAACUGAUAUCUGAUGAACUAUAUAUACUCAUGCAUAUUUUUUUAAUGCGUUUAUUCCGUUUAUUAUAUUUGUUUAUGAAAUGAUAAUGAUGAUUGAAAAAUGAUAAUUGUACGAAAUGGUUGUAUAAUAUUUACGUGCACUAUUGCUAUUUGAAGUUAAUAUUUUCCGCAAUGUAGUAUUUUAAAAUCGAAUAAAUAUAUAGUAAGUAACUAGGUAAUUAAAUUUAUCUUGACAAAAUUAGUAAGACGAUAAUUAUAAUAUUAACAUGAUCAUUUUUAAUAUCUUUUAUUAUAGUAAUGUCUUUGCAAUGUCUCUACUUACUAGUAACAGUGAAUUAUAGUGAUAGGAUGAGUUACAUACAUAAUGCGAAAGUAGAAAAUUCAUAUUGAAUACAAACAAUUUAUCUUAAAUUCAAAAAUCAAAUAAAAACAGAUAUAAAAUCUUACGAAGACUGAGUUGCUCUUGAGUAGCGAUAUCUGGCGUUGUAACGAAAAUUAUUAUAUUAAAAUUAUACAUUAGUUAGGUAACUUAAUCUCAAACGUAUAAUUAAUUCGAAAUUUGUAAUCACGAAAUAUUUGAUUAAUUAUUCUAUUUUAUGUUCGAUUUUUUACACAUACCGACACUCGCACAUACACAAAAUUAAUAUAACAAUGAGUGUAACACGGUGUACGAUACGUGGCCUAUAUUAUUUAAACUUUAUCGUAAAAGGAUUAUUUUGGUUGUAUCGUACGUAAUUACAAUGUGCUUAUUAAAGUAUUUAUCUUUACAAUUAUGAAAUAUUGUAUUAGAUACAAUCAUAAAAUUAAAGAGCUAGAUUGGAGCAGUCAAUACUGUUGGUGUGAUAAGUCUAGAUACGAAAACAUGUUAUAUUUUAUAAUAAAUUUUCAAGACAUAUACUUUUAAUUACGCAUAGAAAAAGUUGUGCAAUGUCAAUAGAUAUUAUUAUACUUAAACUGUUGAUGAAAUGCGGUAUCGAUAAUAAUUUGAUACAUAAUAUAUUUUAUAUCUGUGGCAUGCGUUUGCAAGAUUUUCUUUAUAAGAUGUGUUCUAUACAUAUUUGUUUUGUCUAUUACGAAAUUUAUGCAGAAAUAAUUAUUUGUAUAUAUUUUUAAGAUUUCGAUUGCGUAAUAUUUUUUAAAUUUUGGCAUAGACAAUUUUAGAAGAACUAAUGAUGCGUUUUUUUUUUAAACUAAGUUUACGAUAUUCGUAGCUAUAUGAUUAACCGACGAAAAGUACUUAAAAGAAAGACAGUAGUAAAUU